UGCGCUUGAAGAGAAGAGACGACAACCGAAACUAAACUCUCUUCCUAAUCGUUGGGGAAAAAGCGCCGCCGCUGAUUACUUCCACACAGAGAGAGAGAGAGAGAGAGAGAGAGAGAGAGAGAGAGAGAUGGGGAAGACUGAAUACAAGAGGUUGAAAGGAGGCCAGAAUCUCAGGCAGCGUCUUCUUCUGGCAACGGUGUCCUCCACACCCAUUCUUAUUGAGGACAUUCGAACUGACGAGACAUGGCCUGGUCUCCUCCCUCACGAGGUCUCCUUCCUCCGCUUGAUAGAGAAACUCUGCGACGACUGCCAUGUUGAAAUCAACGAGACAGGUACCAAACUGAAGUACAAACCUGGUAUAGUUAUGGGUGGCAAGAGCAUUGUACAUGAUUGUGGAGUUAGUCGUUCCAUUGGUUAUUUUAUGGAGCCUAUACUUUUGCUUGGCUUGUUUUCGAAAAAGCCUCUUACUAUUAGACUUAAAGGAAUUACAAAUGAUUCAAAGGACCCAUCUGUUGAUACUUUCCAAUCUACAGCCUUGCCUAUUUUGAAACGUUUUGGAGUUCCUUCAGAAGGUUUGAAGCUGAAAAUAGAGAGUCGUGGAGCUCCUCCACAAGGUGGUGGUGAAGUUGUUUUGUCAAUUCCAACAGUUUUGACUCUAAAUGCAGUUACAUGGACCGAUGAAGGCAUGGUUAAAAGAAUUAGGGGGAUUACUUUUUCAUCUAGAGUGUCUUCUCAAUUUGAACAUUCUAUGAUAUAUUCAGCUCGUGGAAUCUUUAAUCGUUUGCUUCCAGAUGUUUAUAUAGCUACUGAUCAUAAAUCUGGUUCACAAGCUGGAAACUCACCAGGUUAUGGAAUUUCACUGGUUGCGGAAACUACAUCUGGUUGCUGCAUAUCUGCGGAUACAACUAUUUCAUAUGGACGGGUGGACGAGACAGAUGAAUUUGAAGAGAAGAAAGAGCUGACACCCGCAGAAGAUGUAGGUGCGGAGAUUGCUUCUGUUCUGCUAGGGGAGAUUGAGCAAGGUGGAGUGGUAGAUUCAACACAUCAGGGUCUGUUAUUUCUCCUUUGUGCACUAUGUCCACAAGAUAUUUCGAAAGUUCGGGUUGGGAAGCUCUCUCCAUAUGGGAUGGAAACACUCAGAAAUAUCAGAGAUUUUCUGGGAGUCAAAUUUGUCAUAAAGCCAGAUCCUUCUACAGGGACUGUUAUUCUGAAGUGUUUGGGUUGCGGGUUGAGAAAUCUAUCCAGAAAGGUCUCCUAAUGAGAGAGUAAAUAUCCAGACAACUUGAUAUGCUAAAUUGAUGUUAUAGUUGGAUUAUGUAGAUGAGUUUUUGGCAUGUUUUCUUCAAUCUGUGAAGAUGUGAUGAUGCUUCAAGUUUUGUGGACUUAACUUUUGUUCCAAACAAGUUGUUUGGGAUACAAUUUAGUACAAUGCUAAGCAAUUUUGAGAUUGUUUUUUAUUACCCAAA